UGUCCGCAUUAUAGCGCCAUAACUACAGCAGCAACUACCGAAAAAUGAAGCUUCCGACCUACUUAAUCCUUACCACACUUGUGGUGUAUUCCCAGGCCUUAACUGGAAAGCAAGAAGUUGAUCUUGACUCCGCCAGCAAAACGUGUGAAAACAAGACAAAAGUCUCUAAACAACUUGUCGACGACCUUUUCAACCACAAAAUUCCUGAUAUUUCGGUGUAUGACAACAAUAAACCACUACAUGAAUAUCUGGCAUGCGUUGAUACCACAGGUGGAUGGUAUAAUCAGGAUGGUACCUUGAACAUUAAAGCCUGGAAAAAAAUUCUUAAAGAUGGGAAAAUAAGUAAUGAAAGGGUGGACGAACUCGUCAAGAAAUGCGUUGUGAACAAGGACACCCAGGAAGAGACGUCUUAUCAGGCCUUCAAGUGUUUGUACAACAACGGCGUUUAACUAUGUUCAAGUAGUAGUUUAAUGCAC